AUGUCUGAAAACGACUUGUUGUACGAGUCGUUGAUAGAGGAAGUUAAAAAAUAUGAAUUCCUAUACAACAAAGCCCAUCCACAACAUGGCAAGAAACAGGUGACCCAACAAGCCUGGAAUAAAAUUGCAGCUGCUGUAGGUGCAAGUGUCCAGCAAUGUAAAUCGUCAUGGCUUCUGUUGAAGAAGCGUUACGCAUGUGAACAAGUUAGAAAGCAGGAAAUAGGAGCACUCAAAGAAUACAAAUCCAAUUGGAGAUAUUUCGAGGCUAUGUCAUUUCUAAAUGGUCACAUUAAUUCCAAUGGCAAUUUCAUUGAAAACCUAGCCAAGAUGUCCAAACGUGAUAUAUACUGUCGAGUUUGUUUGUGUAAUCUUAAACCAACAGCCGAUGAUGUUAUUUCUACCCUUAGUUAUGAUAUUUUCAAUUCCAAUAUUGAACUGGACAAGAAAUUAAUGCAAUGUGUAAAUGUGGAGUGUGUACCUUGGGAUGAUUAUCCUCAUGUUGUGUGCCAGCAAUGUUAUGAUAAAAUAUUAGAUUUUCAUAAUUUUCAAUGCAUGUAUCGCGAAUCCAUGGAAAAAUUCAAAUUUAUGUUGCUUGAAAAUCAACUGAAUUUUGUGGCCGAAAAUGGAGAAGAUGAAAAGUGCUCCAUAUUGUCUGGGGAGUUCGAUAAUUCUUAUGAUAUAAAUGAGGAAAACAUAUACCACGAAAAUAGUGGAGAUGAGGAACAACAACAUAAUAAUGCUGAAGAUCCCCUGGAAGAGCAAAUUGUUGUGGAAAAUGUAAAGGAAGAACAUCCAAAGAGUAUUCAAGAGCAAAAUAUAUUUGAAGAAAUUAUUAUAAAACCUGAAGAGGUACACGACAUUGGCCAUAGCCCACGCAGAAGAAGAAGCACUCGAAAGAGAAAAGAUCCAGCCAGUAAUAAGGAAAUACUUUUGGAAAAGGAUUCAAUAGCUGCUAAGGAAAAAUAUGCGUCUGAUGAUGUUGAUUACCAACAAAAUAGAUCAGAUUUUGAAGAGUCCAUCUCGAACUAUUCCUCUGCAUCCGAAGAUACGAAAGAAGAUGCUACUAAAAAAUCCACACUUAAAUGUGAGCUGUGCAAGAAACAUUUCCGUUUUCGUCAUCGUUACGAAGCUCACCGCCGUAAACAUCAGGGAUUGCCGGGCUAUCCAUGUACCUAUGACAAAUGCACACGUGCCUUUAAUCGUUUGGAUCACUUGAGAAGUCAUCUUAAUGAACAUAAUGGCAUUCCCGAUGUUUUUCAAUGUAACAUUGAUGGCUGCAUUAUGGAGUACAAAUGUUUAUCGGGUCUCAACAAACAUAAACGAAGUGUCCAUAAAUGUGGCAAAGAAUUGAAAACCUACACCUGUGAUAUUUGCGGCAAAGUCCUGACCAGUCCACGUUCACUCAAUGGUCACAAAUACAUACAUGUGGAUAAAUCCGAAUGGCCAUUUGUGUGUGAGGUCAAGAGCUGUGGGCGACGAUUUCGUCUAAUGUCCCAGCUGAUAAUACACAAGAAACGACAUGCCGGCAUUAAGAAUUACAUUUGUCCCUAUUGCGGAGUACGCAAGACCACAUGCACCGAGCUAAAGAUCCACAUUAAUUGCCACACAUUCGAACAAAAAUAUCCUUGUGAAUUUUGCGCGAAAGUAUUCAAAAGUGUGGGUGUCAUGCGAACACAUGUGCAUCGUGUUCACGAGGGGAAGAAACCGGCGAAUUAUAAAUUAUUCAAAUGUGAUUUCUGUGAUGGAAAAUUCACCUCAUUGCAAACGAAAAAAUUCCACGAGAUGACACAUCGUGGUGAAAAACCCUAUAGCUGUGAGGAAUGUGGUAAAACAUUCACUUACCCAUCCGGCUUGGCUUCGCAUAAAAAUGUCCAUGCCAAGGGUGAAUAUCAAUAUGUGUGUAUGGUGUGUGGUCGUAAAUUUAAAUGGCAAUCGGGUUUGAAGACGCAUUUGAAACUACACACCGAAGCAGCGAAGCCAUAUUCAUGUACGGAAUGUGAUAAAAGUUUUCGUUGGCCGGGAUCGUAUUAUAAACAUAAGAAAGUACAUGCGCGUCAACCGGAAGAGGAGGUGGAUCAUGGAAAUGUUAGUGAAACGAAAGGUGAAAGUAUGGAACAAUCACCGGAAGGUGUUACCUCCGUCGAAUCUCCCAAAUAUGAAAUUAUAUUUAGGGCUAUAGAUAUGGUGGAUCCAAAUAAAAUUGUUUAG